UACAGUUAAAUUGUGCAAGCAUAAGAUAGUGGGUCAAUCUACCUUUACUGGGUGGGAUUUAAAGUCAAUAAGGAAGCAAAAAACGUUUAUCUCCCAACCUUCCGAUGGCUGCCAUGACACUUAAAAUGUUAAUGCAUGAUUCCUCAUAAAUAAUAUGGCGACCUCCCUACCAAUCACAGCCCAGCAUUAUUUGGAAUGUGGCACUGAAGACUGUGAAAAUAACUGCCAGUUUUACUGCAAUCCUUGCCACAGACAAUUGUGUGAACAAUGCAGAGACAAACAUCAGAAAAGUCCAGACACAAAGAAACAUGAAGUGGUCCCCUUUCUACAGCACAAACGUCAUCUUCCUGUGGACAAGUGCAAGCUCCAUCCAACUCGAAAUGCAGAUAUUCUAUGCAAUGAAUGCAACAUUCCUCUAUGUUCAAAGUGCACAACCAUGGAAGACCACUUCGGCCAUAAAUUUGUUGAUAUGGAGGACAUUGAUGCAGAGAAGUUUGCAUUUUGUUUGGAAGAAAUCUCAAAAAUCCAAGAAUAUUUCCUUCCAACAUCAAAAGAAUUGAAAACAGAGACAGAUGAAGAUGGCAAAGAAGUAAAGAAAACCAUGGAUGGUAUCAGAAACGGCAUAAAGGCAGACGCCAAGUCUCUGAAAGACCAGGUAGAUAAGGUGACAUCAGACAAAUUGGAGCAAGCCAAUACCAUAGAAAAGUCAUUACUGAAAGUGUUGAAACAACAGGGAAAAACAUACGAUGAUUACAAUAAGUACCUUGAAAAACUUCUAAAAGAGUUUCAUGGCUACCUCCCUUUAAGCAAUUUCAAAGUUUUAUUAUCUGCAAAAUUUGAAAAUUCAAAAAUCCAAUCUAUACCAGAGACAACUAAACCAGUCCCACCAGUGUUUAUUGCUGGUCAAUUCACCUACGAAGAAGUCAGCAAGUUACUUGGAAAUAUAGAUGUCCCAAACAUUAAACCUGAUAAAAGGAAAAUAAAACCCAUGGCUACUUCAUCAACACAGUUGAAACCUACAGAGAAAGAGAUAAAGCAAGAUAAAGAGAAAUCUGACGUGAAACAAACACUGUCUCUGUCUUCCUCUGUCACCAAGGUCAGGGAGUACAAAGUACCAGGUGUUGACAGUGUAUAUCAUAUAUCACUGGGUAAAUCAGGCAGACUCUGGGGCAGUGAUGAUCACAGAAACCUUGUCCAAACAGAUCUACAGGGGAAUCAGCUACAGAAGGUACAAACCAGUGGUGGACAUGGCUACCACACAGUCACACAGGACGGGGAUCUGAUCUAUACCGACAGAAAGAACAAAGUCAUCAAUAGGAUAACACUGGAUAAUACAAUCACUGAAUUCAUUAAAACAGUAGGCUGGGAACCAAUCAGCAUACACUCCUCCCACAUCAACGGGGACAUACUGGUGGGGAUGAUAAAGGAUGGAGAGGCUAAAGUCAACAGGUAUAACAAGACAGGGAAAGAAAUACGGAACAUACAGAGGGGCAACAAAGGACAGAAACUGUAUGGUGAUCCACGAUACAUCACAGAAAACAUCAAUGGUGAUAUCUGUGUAUCAGACUUUACCAAGGAAGCUGUAGUGGUGGUGAAAAAAUCAGGACAACACAGAUUCUCCUAUAAACGCCAUGUGUUUAGGUUUUGUACCUAUGGUAUCUGUACUGAUCUCCUCGGUCACAUCAUUGUUUGUGCCUGUAGUUUUUUGAAUAAAGAAGUUCACAUCCUUAAUCAGGAUGGUCAUUUCUUGUCUUUACUACUCACACCACAACAAGGUAUAGAGAAUCCUUGUGGUCUGUGUGUAGAUGAUGAGAACAAUCUCCAUGUGGGACAAUGGAUAUCCAACAAAGUGACAGUGUACAAGUAUCUACAGUGAUUCUCUCUAUAUGUCAAACAUAUCAGCCAUCAAAUCUGAAUAAAUAUAAUCUUUCUAGUAUAAAAUACAUUAUGUAAAUGAGCGUAUUCUCUUAAUCUGUAAAUUCUUAAGUCUUCCAGACCAUAUUGUAUACCAGUAUCAUGAAUGUAUACUUUGUUCUGUUCAUUCUUUUUAAAUGCAACAGUUUUUUGGUACAUACAGUACCUCUAAAAUGUACAUUUUCAAUGAAAAAAUAUUUUCAGUUUUGAGAAUAAACAAGGAAUUCUUAUAUAUGUGUCACAAAAAGUUUUUAAAUGACAUAUUCCAUUACUUGUGAGUAAAUUAAUUGCUUUGUUGUUUAUUUAGAGUCUAAAUUAUUGACAUAUUUUUUAAAGUUUGAUUUAUAACGCUAUGUACCAUUUAAUGAAUGUUAAAGGGGUACUGUAGUUUUAUAUUGUAACAGCCUAAAGCAUUGUAGGCUUUUAUAUAUGAUUCUAAUCAACAUGAGAAACAAAGUUUGUUUAUCCUGACCUCAUGUUCAUAAAAUUCCUUAGGUUUGUUUAAAUUUUUCACAACAAUAUUUUAAAUGAACAAGGUAGACAGGAAUGCUCUUUGGUUUUUAAUAAAGCUUAGUUGGUACAAAAAUCAAUUCUAAUCUUUUUCAAAUGAAUGACCUGUCAGCUGUUUUUAAUAACAGACUUCUGGGAAUGUAGGAAUUCUACGAUGAAAAUUAUUUCUUCGAAAUCUACAUACCGAGUAUUGCUUUAUUUUUGUUUUACAUGUACCCCUUGCUGGACCUUCACAUAAGAGAGCUGUACUCCCUACUACUGCAUACUACCAGGUACCUACUUUCCAGUUUAAAAAACAAAACAACUCAUACUGCAGUAAAGACAUUUGAAAAAUGUAGAUAAGGUUCUAUAUUGCAUAUUACAUUCAUCUUCUUUCAUUACUUCCAAUAGUUUACUGAAUUGGUAGUGGUGUAUCAAAUCAAAUACAUGUAAUAUCCUUCAUUUACUAGUAUCUUUCACAAAUAAUCAGUAUUUGACAAUUAAUCAACUUGAUGGCUGACACAAAAAAUGCUCGACAUUCAUAGACUGUAAAGAUGAUUUGUUAUGCCCUAGUCACACAUUCACGGAUUAAAUGCCGGAUUAGCUACGGAAUCGAUCCGGAAUCAUUCGUGGCGAUAUGUAUUGACCCGUGGCUUUUCCGUCUGUUAUCGUAUCCAAAUGUAGCAAUACUCGUAUAGCUGCGACAAUUUUUUAAUAUGUUCAAAGUUCCACUACGGAUGAAAUCACCGUAGUACUUCCUUAGAAAAACUUACUAAACCGUUUUAGAACGUAGAAGUCCGUUUUAACUCCGUAUAAAUCCAUAGUAAUUCGUAUGUAUCAAUUUGUAUCCAUUCCGUAGUGCAUCCGUACUAACUUCGUAUCAUUAGAUUGUCUAGUGUCAACCGUGGAAAAUAUUCCGUAGUAGAACCUAGGAGUUGAUCCGUGAAUGUGUGACUGGGGCAUUAGUUUCAUUUUCAAAUAUUCAUG